AAUAAUUCCACGCGAUUUGCUCCUCCUCACUACGACCUCUCCUCCUUCCCUCCCAACACCAUUACGCUCUUUUAAACCUACUUUUCAGGAUGAAAUCUCUGACCCUCGUCCCUCUUUUUGUUGCGUCCUUGGCCUCAACGGCUUUAGCAGCCAGCUCAUGCGUGGCUUUCGAUUCCAAUUUUAAUUUGCUUGCAUUCAACUACGGAGGAAAAGACUACAAUGCAGGCACUCAGGAUUCAUGGGGUUCUGGAACACCUACUGAGAUAACGACGAGUGGGAGGCCCAAGUUUGAUACUGAUGGUGUUACCUGUUAUUUGGCUCAGUUUUAUAAUGCAGUAUAUGUUCUCAAUGCCGACAAGUCGAAUCCUUCCUCAGUUUACAUCUUUGAUGCUGCUUCCAAUUCAUGGUCGACCCAGAGUGUAAACGCUGGAGGUCCCGACAUGAGCAGUGCCGUGUCGAUACUGGAUCAUGAUACCAAUGUGUUUUAUACCAUGUCUAGUGCCAAAUUAUGGUCCCUUGACAUGGACCCACUCAAGGCAAAAGCAUCGUCGGAUGCCGUUACCUGGAAUGCUGUUGGAACGCCCACCUCCUUCAAGGCAGAUGGAUACCAACCCGUUAUGGGACUUGCUCAGAACCACAUUCACUUCUUGAAUACUGCGGGUGCUGGCAAGGCUGAUAUCUUUGUUAUUCACUUUUCUUAUUGGCAACCUGAAACACAAACUUAUUCUGGACCCGAAUUCCCCGCUCAACAUGGUCAGGUCGCUUCGAUUUUCCAGUCAGAGGGUGUUCAACAAGAAUUCGCCUUCUUCCCCGACGACGGCUCGGGUACCUUUGUGAUCAACGUUGAGAACAACUCAACGAGAUCCCUCCCUGGGCCAUCCGUCAAGGAUGCUGCCGCGACCUAUGCGGCCUCUAUCACCGCACUCGUCUCGUCCUCUUCCCAAUCUGGCAUCCAGUACCUUCCUUACAGCCAGAACGGUGACAACUCAGGAGCCAAAUGGACGAAAGUCGAAAAGUUGGCCAAUUUGACGCCACCGCCUUCAUCUGGUAAUGGUAACGGAAAUACUACGGGAACUGGAGGAAAGUCGACGGGUACUAACACCGCACCUGGAUCCAAGUCAACUGGAAACUCUUCAACCGGUGGGAAUAACAACAAUAACGGUGGAAUGAAGGUUGGAAAGGGUGCAACGGCUGGUAUGUUUGGAGCUUUGCUGUUGGGUAGUUUGGGGGUGUUGUUGAUUUAAUUAGGAUCUAUGAUCAUUUUUUCUUGCUUGCUUGCUCGCUUUGUUUUCGUUUUUGAUGUUGUGGACAUUUGAGUAGUUAUGUGUAAUGCGGCUUAAUUUGAAUAUUACCUUAAGGACGCUCUUUUGAAGACGUACAUUUUAUGGUUAUCCACGGAACUCCCUGUAGGAACUUCCGAUGCCAUAUUUAUCGACUUGUUACCCG